CAUGCCUGCAACGAUCAACCUCUUUAAACAACAGAAUACUUAUUGAGAUGUUCAAAGAUACUUAUAAGUACAGAGGGGAAAACAAUGGCAGAAUCUUCACCACCAUCAACACAACCAAGAAAAACCAGGAGGCAGAUUAUAGAUAAACCUCCAUCAAUGCCAUCCUCCAGUGGUCUACUGACUGAGGGGCUUCAGUGCUCUAUAUGUCUGGAUGUGUUCACUGAUCCAGUCACGACUCCAUGUGGACACAACUUCUGCAAGAUCUGUCUGAAUAAGUGCUGGGACAACAGCCAGACCUGCAGCUGUCCAUACUGUAAAGAAACAUUCAAGCAAAGACCUGAUCUCAAGAUUAAUACCACACUCCGAGAGCUCAUAGAUCACUAUAAGAAGAAAAGUCCUGAGAAAACAACUGAAGUUCUGUGUGACUUCUGUGAGGAGAGAAAGCUGAAAGCCCUGAAGUCGUGUCUGGUGUGUCAGAGCUCUUACUGUGAAACUCACCUGGAGCCUCAUUUGAGAGUGGCAGGUUUGAAGAAACACAAACUGAUGGAUCCUGUGAGUAAUCUGGAGGACUAUAUAUGCCAGAAACAUGAGAGACCUCUGGAGCUGUUCUGUAGAGAUGAUCAGACCAUCGUCUGUCUGUCCUGCACUGAUGGAGAUCACAAGAACCACAACACUGUGUCUUUAGAAGAGACUCAGCUGAUGAUCCAAGACACACAGCAGAUGAUCCACGACAGAAUCAAGAAGAUUCAAGACAUCAAACACUCAGCAGAAGUCAGAAAAAAAAAUACAGAGAGGGAGAAAGCAGCUCGUAUUGAGCCCUUCACUGAUCUCAUCCAGCUGAAGUGGAUGCAGCAGUAUGCAGUGGAUGUGACUCUGGAUCCUGAUACAGCUCAUCCUAAACUCAUUCUGUCUGAUGAUGGAAAACAAACUCAGCUGAUGAUCCAAGACACACAGCAGAUGAUCCACGACAGAAUCAAGAAGAUUCAAGACAUCAAACACUCAGCAGAAGUCAGAAAAAGAAGCACAAAGAGGGAGAAAGCAGCUCGUAUUGAGCCCUUCACUGAUCUCAUCCGCUCCAUUGAGAGACAUCAGACUGAACUGUUGGAGACGAUGGAGGAGCAGCAGAAAGCAGCAGAGAAACAGGAGCAAGAGCUGAUUGAAGAGCUGGAGCAGGAGAUCACUGAGCUAAAGAUGAGAAACACUGAGCUGGAGCAGCUUUCACACACUGAAGAUCUCAUUCCAAUUCACUCAUCCCUGUGCAGCCCUAGAAACAGCAGGAACUGGCCUGAGAUCAGUUUGGACACUCAUGAGAGUCUGGAGACUCUGAAGAGAGCUCUGACUCAACUGAAGAAAACUCUAGAUGAGAAACUUUAUCAAACAAAGCUGAAGUGGAUGCAGCAGUAUGCAGUGGAUGUGACUCUGGAUCCUGAUACAGCUCAUCCUAAACUCAUUCUACAGUCUUUCACUGGGAAGCUCUAUCUAUAUUUUAGCCCAUGCUUUAAUGAUGGAG